AUGGUAGUCAGUCUCUCACAUACAUCAAUCAAUAAAUUUUACUGUCUUGUUUUUCAUAAUUUAUAAUACAUACAUGUAAUGCUAUUUUUUUAAUUAUAUUCGGAUUUUAAUCAAAAUAAUUACAUUCCUUUCUCAAUCCAAUCCAAUCAUUUAAUUUCUUUUAUAUAAGCAUUAACAAAAUAAAUUGAGGAUAAUUCUUCUAAGCUAGCAGAAUUUUUCCAUUAAAGUUCCUUAAAAGGUUUUAAAUCUACUCAUUUUCCUAUGAAAUUCGGAAUAAGAAAAAUUUAUUAAUUAACAAUAUUUUUAAAAAAAAUAUAUUUUCUCUGCGUAGAUGUACUUGAAAUUUAAAAUGUCUCUUACCAAAUGAAUAAAAAAUAAAUAAUUCAUUCAGAAAAGUAAAAAUAUCUGUAAAAUUAGCAAUCGGUAUGGUAUUAGGGGUGCCUAAUAACUAAAGUUUUUUUUUUUCCAGUUUUAAUUAACUUAACUAUUACUUUACAAGGUAUAAAUAGAAAGUUAAUUAAAUCAUCUAUCCCUUUUCUUUUAUCUUUACAUUGUAAUAAAUUAAGAAUUUAUUUAAUUUGCAAAAAUUCUUCACCAAUAAUGAAUUAUAAAUUGAUCAUUAGAAUGAUGCCAAAAUGA